AUGGAGCCGAUUCAGGUUGUAACAACAAGGGAGGCACCUGUCAGGACGACUCUCUGUACUGUGACGGACAUUACGAAAGUGGUUUGUGUAAUGGAGAUAGUGACAGAAGAUGUUGCGUACCGGAUAAUACUGAUGCAGCAUGUGAAGCUGAAGGUGGCACAUGUCAAGACGAUUCCAUUGCAUGCAGUGGUUGGUAUGAAAGCGGGUUAUGUGACGGAGGAUAUGAUAGAAGGUGCUGUGUACCUCCCGGAGGUUGGUAAAAUCCUAAUUCCACGGAGUGCACAAAUGACUCGCUUUGUACCGAUAUUGGUGGCACGUGCCAAGACGUAUCACUGCAGUGUGAUGGGAUAUAUUAUAGUGGUUAUUGAUCAGGACCUAGUGAGAGACAAUGCUGUGGAGAACGUAAAAGUUGAGGUCUACUGUGGAGAGGUUCGGCUAAUAACACGUGAACAAUGGGGUGCUCGUCCACCAAAUGGUAAAUGGUAUAUGUCAUUGCCCGUAGACUUAAGCUUCAUACACCACACCGUUGGUAGUCAUUGCUAUGAUAUCGAAACAUGCUGUGAGGUUAUGCGAGCGACCCAGAAUUAUCAUAUGGACAGCCUAGGUUGGAGUGACAUCGGUUACAGCUUCUUGAUUGGUGAAGACGGUAAUGCAUAUGAAGGGCGUGGCUGGGGUGUGAUCGGAGCACAUACAUCCGGGUAUAAUGACGUAUCACAUGGCAUUUCCUUCAUGGGCACAUAUACAACUGACCCAUACCAUUUGUUAUUUGCUGUUGGUCUCCCUACAUACAACAUGUUAAAGUACACAGUAUUGGUAGUUUGCCUCAUCGUGACGGUGUAUGGCGAUUGGGCAUGUAGAAGGGAGCAAGGUACUUGUCAAAACGACUCUCUGCAAUGUGAAGGUCAUUACGAAAGUCGUUUAUGUAAUGGUGAUGUACGUAGAAGAUGCUGUGUUCCGAACAGUGACGGUGAAAUUGAGGCUGUGUACUGUGGUAAUGUACGUCUAAUCACUCGACAGCAGUGGCGUGCACGUUCGCCGAGGCGUGAGUCGCACAUGUCAGUACCUGUGGGACUCACCUUUAUUCACCAUACUGCCGGUCGUACAUGCUAUAGUAUCGCAACAUGUAGCAGCCGGGCGAGAGCCGUUCAAAACUACCACAUGAACAUAAAAGGUUGGAAAGACAUUGGGUACAGUUUUUUGAUUGGUCAAGACGGUAAUGCAUAUGAAGGGCGAGGCUGGGGUGUGGUCGGGGCACAUACAUAUGGAUUCAAUUCAAGAUCACAUGGCAUAGCAUUCAUGGGAAAUUUUAACAGUCGCAAGCCAAACGCCGCAGCUCUACAAGCAGCUAAGAACCUAAUUCAAUGUGGUAUAGACGAAAACAAGAUCAAAAGUAACUAUUUCUUGUACGGCCAUCGUGAUGUUAAGAGAACAGAAUGUCCAGGACGCGCUCUAUACCAGGAGAUAAAGUCGUGGCCAAACUAGGAAUUAUAAAGUUUGAUCACAAGACGCAACUCACUUGAAAAUGAAUCACAAUGGAUAUAUAUUAGAAUUGGCAAAUAGAUAAUACAGAUGAAUAAACCA